AAUGGUCAUCAUUUGGAAUGUAUUUGUACAAGCGUUACUGCUGGCACUGGUCAAAGCGAACUACAGGAGCUCCAGGGACUCGGCAAACUGCAAGCUCAACAAGAAACAAAGCCAAUUAAAUUCCUUCCUUUGGACCAUCAAACGAGACCCUCCUUCAUACUUUUUUGGCACCAUUCAUGUCCCAUACACAAGGGUGUGGGAUUUUAUCCCAGAAAACUCUAAGAAAGCUUUCCAGCAGAGUAAUAUUGUGUAUUUCGAGUUGGAUUUGACAGACCCUUAUACAAUUUCUGCUCUGACCAGUUGCCAAAUGCUGCCUCAGGGUGAAAAUCUACAAAGCGUUCUUCCAAGGGACAUUUACCGCAGACUAAAGCGCCAUUUGGAAUACGUGAAACUCAUGAUGCCUUCAUGGAUGACUCCAGAUCAAAGAGGCAAAGGGCUUUAUGCAGACUACUUAUUUAAUGCAAUAGCAGGAAACUGGGAAAGAAAGAGACCUGUAUGGGUCAUGCUGAUGGUGAAUUCUUUGACGGAGGUUGAUAUUAAGUCUAGAGGAGUCCCAGUGCUGGAUUUAUAUCUUGCCCAGGAAGCUGAACGUUUGAAAAAGAGGACUGGAGCAGUAGAGCAAGUAGAAGAACAAUGCCAUCCACUUAAUGGAUUAAACCUCUCCCAGGUUAUAUUCGCCUUAAACCAGACCCUCUUGCAACAGGAGAGCCGUAGAGCAGGCAGCCUCCAGGCUCCGUACACAACAGAGGACCUCAUCAAGCAUUACAAUUGUGGAGAUCUGAAUUCCAUAUUAUUUAACCAGGAUUCUUCACAAGUACCUAAUUUUAUAAAUUCCUCAUUGCCACCCCAAGAAAGAAUAACUGCACAGGAGAUUGAUAACUAUUUCCGACUAGAGCUCAUUUAUAAGAGGAACGAGCGAAUGGGGAAGAGAGUGAAAGAUCUGCUAGAGGAGUUUCCAGAAAAAAGCUUUUUCUUUGCAUUCGGAGCCGGGCACUUUAUGGGAAACAACACCGUCAUUGAUGCGUUACAAAGCUAUGGCUAUGAUGUGCAUCACACUCCUGCCGGGCGGCCUAUCACAAGAAACGGUAAAAGUAAAAAGUCGCCAUCCUCCUCAAAGCUGUCGCCCUCGCCAUUGCUGUUGGGACUGCCGUCAACAUCUUCUACAAGAAUUUCCAAAUUAAAGCAGCCAGUAAAGAUGCUCAGGAACAAGGAGCUGUUACCUGAUCUGCUAUUGUCUGACAAUGUACAUCUAAUGGAUAAAGCUGAAAGAAAAUACAAAAAGAAGAAGCAUCGGAAAGAAAAUCACCGUCACUUCAGCGAUCUCUGGGUUCGCAUUCAAGACAGUGUUACAGACCCUCCUCCACAAAUUGGAAUCAUCAAUGGAUACAUUACAGUGGAGCCACAACCCAGAGGAAAUAUAUACACAGCAAGCAGCAGUUCAGCCAUUCCGCCGCUACUACCUCAUCUGUUGUUUUUACUUUGGCAUUUACAGCAACUGUUAAUAGCGCAAUAAGGAUGGGAAACAAUACAGCCAAUACACAAACUGACACGAGAGGGCAAACUUGGUAAUGUUUUCCAACACAAGCGGAUGUCUAAAUCGCAUGUAAGUGCUAGGCUGUCCUCGC